CUGCGGUCUGCUGGUCCCGGACCGGCCAGGAAGGCAUCCAUCUGGUGUGUGUAUCUCCUUGGGAAGUGCCAUCCACGGAUUGUGUUGCAUUCUGUUCCUGCAGAAAGUAACCAGAGAGCCGAGUGGAGCAGCAGCAGGCCCAUAGAGGAGAGCUAUAGCCAUGUCUUCCAGCUCAGCGAUGGUGCGGAUCCUGAUAAAGGGCGGCAAGGUGGUGAACGACGACUGCACUCAGGAGGCUGACGUCUACAUCGAGAACGGCAUCAUCCAGCAGGUGGGGAAGGAGCUGAUGAUUCCAGGUGGAGCCAAAGUGAUCGACGCCUCAGGAAAACUGGUCCUCCCCGGGGGUAUCGACACCAGCGUCCACCUGGAGGAAAGCUUCAUGAACGCAACCACAGCAGAUGACUUCUACAGCGGCACCAAGGCUGCUCUAGCUGGCGGUACAACAAUGGUGAUCGGACACAUUCUGCCAGAGAAGAAUGAGUCUUUGCUGGAAGCCUACGAGAAGUGCCGCAGCUCAGCGGACUCCAAAGCCUGCUGUGACUACGCUCUGCAUGUGGGAGUUACUUGGUGGGGACCCCAGGUGCGAGCUGAGAUGGAGAAGUUGGUGAGAGAGAAAGGAGUGAAUUCCUUUCAGAUGUUCAUGGCCUAUAAGGACAUGUUCAUGCUGAGAGACAGCGAGCUCUUCCAGGCUCUGCAGCACUGUAAGGACAUCGGAGCUAUAGCAAGAGUCCAUGCUGAAAAUGGGGAACUGGUGGCAGAGGGUGCAAAAGAAGCAUUGGACCUGGGCAUCAGUGGCCCAGAGGGGAUUGAAAUCAGCAGGCCUGAAGAGUUGGAAGCAGAGGCGACCCACAGGGCAAUUACCAUCAGCAACAGGGCCCACUGCCCGAUCUAUCUUGUCAACGUGUCCAGUAUGGCUGCAGGAGAUGUAGUGGCUACAGCCAAGAUGCAGGGUAAGGUGGUCCACGGUGAAACAACCACAGCCCACGCUGUGCUGAACGGUAUGCAGUACUAUCAUCAGGACUGGGCCCAUGCUGCUGCCCACGUUACUGUGCCUCCUCUCCGCCUGGACCCCAAUACUCCCAAUUUCCUAAUGAGCCUGCUGGGAAAUGACACUCUGAAUGUUGUGGGGUCCGACCACCGUCCAUUCACCAUCAAACAGAGAGCCAUGGGCAAGGAUGAUUUCACAAAGAUCCCCCAUGGGCUUCCUGGCAUUCAGGAUCGCAUGAGCGUCAUCUGGGAGAAAGGAGUGAUUGGAGGUAAAAUGGAUGAGAAUCGCUUUGUAGCAGUCACAAGCUCAAACGCAGCCAAGAUCUACAACCUCUACCCCAGGAAAGGGAGGAUCAUCCCAGGAGCAGAUGCUGAUGUGGUGGUCUGGGACCCCGAGGGAUCCAAGACCAUUUCUGUGGAUAACCAGGUCCAGGGAGGAGAUGUUAACCUGUAUGAAGGUCUCCGUUGCCAUGGUGUACCCCUGGUCACUAUAAGUCGCGGCCGUAUGGUCUAUGAAAAUGGCAUAUUCACAUGUGCUGAGGGCUCUGGAAAGUUUUUCCCCCUGAGAACCUUCCCAGAUUACCUCUACAAGAAGAUGGUUCAGAGGGAAAAGUGCCAGGCUGUGAAAGCUGUUGAACGGGAGCCCUACACAGGUGAAGUUGUUACAUUGGUCAACUCAGGAAAGAGGGAUUUUGGGGCUUCAGAUCUGGACACUCCGACGCGCCCCUCCACCCGGCACGGGGGCCAGAGAGACCUCCACGAGUCCAGCUUCAGUCUGUCUGGUGCCCAGAUUGAUGACAACAUUCCAAAGAGAUCCUCGGCCAGGAUCCUCGCUCCUCCUGGAGGGAGAUCCAGCGGGAUCUGGUAACCAAUCAGACGGCCACUACAUGAAGCAGAAGAAUGAUACCUGAGGGAAACAUAUGGCCAAGCAAGAUGACUUGUUUUUCUCUCUGGAAGCUUAGAAUAUGUGUGAGGUAAUGGAGUCAUGUUUUUAUUUUGAACUCAGCACAGUUACAUAGGACUGUAAAACGUUAAACUUAUGACAUUGCCGUAAUAAUAUUGGAAUAUGGAUCAAGGAAAACUAUUGCUAAGUGGUUGUAGCUACCAAAUUUCAGUCAAUCGUAACCAAAUAUAAGCAGCAAAUAAAAAAUGAGUUGCCAAUGAAUUGCUUUGGCUGUUGGAUCACGUUAGGGGAAAUAUCUUACUAAUAGUUUUAGGAAUAUGAAGGUGAGUCAUGAUUUUUAUGAUGCGAUUGUGUUACCUCACUGUAAAAUACGAUUUUGCACUUGUAUCAUGUACUAUUUAGAUGCCUUUUUACAUGAUUUAAUGUCACAAAUAUCACAAAUGUCUUUUUACUGCGAGCCAUGGUGAAUAAAAUGUAAUAAAUUAAAUUAUUACAAAGUUGUUGGCAUGACAUUAAUGUCAGUUAUGAAAAAUAUAGUUGCAAUUGACCAAUUGAUGAAAAAUAUAAUGCAAGCUAACCUUUUAAAUGUGUUUGUUUAUUUAUUUUUUAUAUUGCGUUAUUUGUGCUAUUUUCUGUUGAUGCUACUGUGUUAGAAUUAUUUCCUAAAUAAGAAUGAGGUCUUUGUGCAGUAGUUCAUCAUUGUCAGAUUAGCAUUUCAGAUCAUGUUUACAGCCUUAUGGCAGAAUAGACUUCUGUUCCACCCCCACCAAAUGUGAAUAAACCUAUGCUGUGUGUACUGUGCAUGGUAGCAUAGUUAGAACUACUGUAAUAAGCACUAAUAUUACUCAUGUUACGCAGCAUUCUUUGUAAUCAUAUCCAUUUUCCACAGAGAGCAAAAAGUCUCACCCAAACUGCCUUUUUCUCACCUGAGAACACUGACACCCACAAACACAUCGUCCCAUACUGCCAGUACAGAUCAUGACAUGUUGAUCGCUGUCAUUUCUUUUAGAAUGGGCACUUUUUACUGCUUUGAUGCAUUCUGGUCUGAAACGGCAGGGUUUAAAAUGUUCCUGUGACUGACACUUCUGAUGUAAUGUAUGUAUGCAUGUAGAGAAGGUGAAGUGAUCCUCUUUAGCAUUCAGAUAGUUGAAGUUUAACAGCGGACAGUCAAUGAAUGCCAUUUCUUUAGGGGAUCAAAUACCUUCAUACUGUAUGUCACUGAAAGCUCAGCAUCAUAACUGGAAGGCAUGAUUGUUUAGCAACUACAGAAAAAGCACUGAUACUACCACUGUAUUUUUAUUGUUUGUUUUAGUUACAGAUUUUUUCUUGUGAAUAAUUGUCUUAGUAAUCGAUUUUGUUGUAUUUUUGUCAACGCUGCAGUGUAAGCAGGGAUGCACACAAGAUUUUGAUCCUACUUUAGACCCAGAUAUGUUCAGGAGAUCAUCAUGCUACAGUAAAAGUCCUACAUCCUGUUUGUUUUUUAGACAGAUUUCACUUUUGAUCUUUAGAAGCUCCAGUGAAUCUUGUUGUGUCUUCCCUUUCCCAAAUGUACACUGGUGCUGAACAAUGUGUCGUCACAUUGAAUUCCUUUUAUCUCUUAUUUCGUCUUACAGCUCUUUAUCACAUGAUUUGAGUGCAAAUAAACCACAUUGAAAUCUC